ACGGUCCUCUACAAUGGCUUCCAUCAAAACCGCUGCAAUUGACAUGUGUUAAUACGCCAUUUGCUCUCAUUUUUUCUAUGGAAAAGAUAUUAUUAGCCUGCUACCAUCCUUCAUAAUCCCCAUAUAACAGAAUCUCCUCCAGUCUCCCUUUUUCAACGUUCUUCAUUUCCAUUUCUUCUCAGGGGGAAAUGACGGACACUACAGAUGAAAUCGCAGGGGAAAUUUCAUUCCAAGGAUUUGAAGAUGACUGUAGGUUAUUGGGUAGUUUGCUAAAAGAUGUCUUACAAAGAGAAGUUGGGUCUAAGUUCAUGGGAAAGCUUGAAAGGAUUCGAGUUCUUUCUCAGGGAGCUUGUAAUGUUAGGCUAGCGGGUAUAGAAGAUACAGCUCAACUUCUUGAGAAACAACUUGCUUCAGAAAUGUCUACAAUGACACUAGAUGAAGUUCUUACACUUUCUCGAGCUUUCAGUCAUUAUCUUAAUCUAAUGGGUAUUGCUGAGACCCAUCACAGGCUUAGAAAAACAAGGGGGGUUGCGCAUCUAUCAAAAUCUUGUGAUGAUAUAUUUAAUCAGCUUAUACAAGGUGGAGUUUCACAAGAAAAGCUCUACAAUACUGUCUGCAGUCAGGAAGUUGAAAUUGUUCUGACUGCACACCCUACUCAAAUCAACAGGCGUACAUUACAGUACAAACACAUCAGACUCGCGCAUCUUUUGGAUUAUAAUGACAGACCUGAUCUGACUUUUGAGGAUCGAGAUAUGUUGAUUGAAGACCUGGUGAGGGAGAUCACUUCAAUAUGGCAAACUGAUGAAUUGAGACGUCAUAAACCUACACCUGUUGAUGAAGCUAGAGCUGGUUUACAUAUUGUAGAACAAUCCCUUUGGAAAGCAGUGCCUCUUUAUUUACGUCGCGUCAGCAAUGCACUUAAGAAGCAUACUGGAAAACCAUUACCAUUGACAUGCACACCAAUCAAAUUUGGAGCUUGGAUGGGAGGUGACAGAGAUGGAAAUCCAAAUGUUACUGCAAAGGUAACCAAGGAUGUUUCGCUAUUAUCUAGAUGGAUGGCUAUUGAUCUAUAUAUUCGAGAGGUCGAUCAUCUAAGAUUUGAACUCUCGAUGGAUAGAUGCAACGAUAGGUUGUCAAGAUUAGCCCAGGAAAUUUCAGAAAAAGAAACUGCAGCCGCGAGUGAUGAUCGACACGAGAGAUGGAGCCAAACGAAGCCUGGUCUUCCAACUUAUCUUCCACCUAAUGCUGCCAUGCCUCCUUGCACAGAGUUCAAGAACGAGGCAUCAACUUAUCCCAGGCUAGAAGUUCCUGGAACUGAAUACAAGCCACAUGGAAUUGCGACGGACGGAAGGAGAUCUCAAAAACCAGAGGCUAUCCAGGAAACAAGUAAAAUUGGUCGGAAUAAAUCUACAGAUCAGUUGAAUCCAAACAAUGCACUUCCACCUGCAUCACCCAGUGUAAAAUCCAACGCUGCAUCUGCUGCAGCUUCUGCGUCUUUCAAUUCAACUCAACUCCAAUCACAGAGGAAAGUAUUUGCUGAAUCUCAGAUGGGUAGGACAAGUUUCCAGAAGCUUCUAGAGCCAAGCGUAGCUCUACGCCCCACAUUGGUUCCUUAUAGAGUUGUUCUUGGGAACAUUAAAGAAACUUUGAUGAAAACCAGGAAGCGGUUGGAACUUCUUCUGGAGGAUCUUCCUUGUGAGCAAGAUUCAUGGGAUUACUAUGAAUCACCUGACCAAUUUCUAGAACCACUUCUUUUAUGCUAUGAAUCUCUGCAAUCAUGUGGAUCUGGUGCUCUAGCUGAUGGAAGGCUUGCUGAUCUUAUUCGACGAGUAUGCACAUUUGGAAUGAAUCUAAUGAAGCUUGAUUUGCGUCAGGAAUCAGGAAGACAUGCAGAAACGAUUGAUUCAAUUACAACAUAUCUGGAUAUGGGUGUGUAUAGUGAAUGGGAUGAAGAUAAAAAGUUGGAUUUUUUGACAAGAGAACUAAAGAGCAAGCGCCCUCUUGUUCCUCCCACCAUUGAGGUUCCUCCAGACGUUAAAGAAGUUCUUGAUACGUUUCGAGUCGCUGCUGAGCUAGGAAGCGAUUCGUUAGGAGCAUACGUGAUUUCCAUGGCCUCAAAUGCGAGCGAUGUUCUUGCUGUAGAGCUUUUGCAGAAAGAUGCCCGUCUUACGGUUUCAGGGGAGCUAAGCAAGCCAUGCCCGGGUGGCACAUUACGGGUGGUUCCAUUGUUUGAAACGGUGAAAGACUUACAGGCAGCUGGUCCGGCUAUUCGAAAAUUGUUGUCGAUUGAAUGGUACCGAGAUCACGUCAUUAAAAACCACAAUGCACAUCAAGAGGUGAUGGUUGGAUAUUCUGAUUCUGGGAAAGAUGCUGGUCGGUUUACAGCUGCAUGGGAACUUUACAAAGCUCAGGAAGAUGUCGUAGCGGCUUGCAAUGAGUUUGGAAUCAAGGUUACUCUGUUUCAUGGUCGAGGCGGGAGUAUAGGCCGAGGUGGAGGACCUACAUAUCUCGCCAUUCAAUCUCAGCCUCCCGGUUCUGUAAUGGGAACAUUACGGUCAACCGAACAAGGAGAAAUGGUGCAAGCAAAAUUCGGGCUACCUCAAACUGCGGUUCGUCAACUAGAAAUCUACACAACCGCAGUCCUUUUAGCUACUCUCCGCCCUCCCCAGCAGCCACGAGAGGCAAAAUGGAGAACUAUAAUGGACGAUAUCUCAAAAGUAAGCUGCCAGAGCUAUCGUAGCGUAGUCUACGAGAAUCCCGAGUUCAUCACCUAUUUCAACGAAGCCACUCCACAAGCCGAGCUCGGAUUCCUAAACAUUGGUUCCCGCCCAACUAGAAGGAAGAGCUCUGGAGGGAUAGGUAGUCUACGCGCCAUCCCAUGGGUGUUCGCGUGGACUCAAACUAGAUUCGUUCUUCCUGCAUGGCUCGGAGUUGGAGCCGGGCUGAAAAGUGUUUGUGAUAAGGGAAACACCGAAGAACUAAAGGCAAUGUAUAAAGAGUGGCCUUUCUUUCAAUGUACAGUUGAUCUAAUCGAGAUGAUAUUAGGGAAAGCUGACCCGAAUAUAGCUAAGCAUUACGACGAAGUCUUGGUUUCAGAGAGUAGGCAAAAAAUCGGUGAUGAUUUGAGGAAUGAGCUUUUAUCGACUCAAAAAACGGUUCUGGCUAUAACGGGUCAUGAGAAGCUUCUUAAGAACAAUAAAAGCUUGCGAAGGCUGAUUGAGAGUCGGCUUCCUUAUUUGAACCCGAUAAAUAUGUUGCAAGUUGAAAUAUUGAGAAGGUUAAGACGCGACGAGGAUAAUGUGAAGCUGAGGGAUACUCUAUUGAUUUCGAUUAAUGGGAUUGCUGCUGGAAUGAGGAAUACUGGUUGAGAUAACAAAGAUAGUUCAUAAACUAAACUUUUUAGUAUAUAGAUAUUAUGUGUUUGUAUAAUAAUGGUUUGUUUUGUUUGGUAGCUGCAAUUGAUAAUGGAAAGCUGCUUAAACUUAGCUGAAAUGAAGAAUGGUUGUCUAAUUGUCAUGUAUUCAUGACAAUAGAUAUAUGUAUCUUCUUAUUAUCUAGCUAGUUAAUUGUCAAAUAUUCCUCAUUGAUUAAUGUUUUUGUUUCAUUAUAUGAUGAUCUUAUUGAUAGUGUUACAU